CUGUAUAGCUAGUAUUGGUACUAUUGGAUGACAUGGCAAUAGCAGGAGAGCCAAGUUAUAUCGCGGGUUCGAUUUUGAAAGCUUUUAUUCUGCAAUUGACCGCCAAGUUUAUUUGAGUUCAUUCAAUUAAAUACCAGUUUAGAUUAUGAAAGCUGCCUAAACUUCUACUGUAUCAGUCAAGUUUUAUUGCGCCUACUAACAAAUUUUGGUUAAAACCAGGAUAUUGGCGCUUCUUUUAGUUAUCUUCACUCAUUUCUUUUCUUAUCAAGUAUCUUAAUUGAUAACAUACAUCCAAUUAAACUAUCGUUUAUUUUAGUCUACAGCAUAACGCACAAGCAAUUCGAGAAAGAAGGGCACUAUUGUGGGCAAAAAAAAAUUCAACUAUUGGUUGUGAAUGAUGGACGCGCUGAAGUCGACUCAUAAACGUCUUCGUGGCACUUCGAUUGUGGCUCUCUAUUUUGUGCAGGAGGGUCUGCUGUACAAGGGCUUCCACUCUCUCCUCUACCCUUGGUUCGGACAGUACCUCAACCUAGAGGGACACCAGUACCAGAGCCUACGCUCUAUCUUCUCACUGGCAUGGAGUCUCAAAAUCUUCUUCAGUUUCUUCAGCGAUGCCAUUCCCAUCCUCGGGUACCGCAGGAUCCCUUACAUCACCAUAGGAUUAUCUGCCAUCCUCCUCUCCCUCGCCACCAUAUCGUUCAAACCGAUGCCGGAACCCUUCUACCAGACUGAGAACUGCACUCGACUGACAGACGUUCCAACCCCCAACAACCCCCAAGCACCCAACCAGGCAUUCCUAUAUGUUGUCCUCUUUUUCCUAUGGUACUGCGGACUCUCAUGUGCCGACGCUUCUAUUGACGGUCUCAUGACUCAGAGGUCCAAACUCGAGGAAGAAGGCGUGAGGGGAACCCUCAUCUCGUACACUCGUAUAUCGAGUCAAAUCGGAUCCAUAGUGAUCCUACUAGUGGUCGGUUUUUUUCUCAACACCGUAAAAUACGGAGGCAGCUUCUGUGAUUUUGGAGUGGAGUUCAACCAAAUCGUUUGGCUGCCUUUUAUAGUAACAGUCAUGGGAGUUAUUUAUGCGUGGGUUUAUACUAACGAGAAGGAUGUGGAUCCACAAAGAGAGACGGUUCAGCUCGGGGCGAAACUGAAGCAGCUCUGGCUCUUGUUCCACAGAUGGAACUAUCUAAAGUUGCUUAUGUUUUCCCUCAUAAUUGCUAUUCAAUGGUCGAUGAGGACUCCUGCAGGUCUCAAAGUACAAGUUCACUGGGCCGAAGUGCAGCCUCUCGUGUCAAAUUUAGUGAGCAUCCUUACAGGCGUGAUUGGAGGAGUGGGUAUGGUCAUCUACCUCAGAUUCUUCCUCAACUCCAACUGGCGAUUCAUCCUCAUCCUCGUCAUAGGCAUCCAAAUUCUAACCGAGUCUAUUGUGGUCACAAUGACUGUAUUUGAUGUUGUCCGCAACCAAUACUUUUGGUUUGUUGAUGACGUUUUUGACUCUAUCAUCCGAUUUUGGUUUAUUUAUGUUUUGGAAUUAAUCAUAGUCGAAUACGCGCCUGAUGGGAUUGAAGGAAUUAGUUACGCGUUCAUCUGGGCGAUUGUCAACAUUGGCCGAUGCAUCGGAUCUGCGCUUGCCAAUUUCAUAAUGAGUCCCUUUUGUCUUACAGACGAUACAAGAUACAUCCGGGAUUCUGAUAAUGACAAAUUAGCGGUCUGGACUAGCUACAUGAUAUCAUUUGGAUCCCAACUCAUGAUUCUGCUGGGUGUGUUCUUAAUUCCGAAACAGAAACAACAGGCACAAGAGUGGCGAACGAGUUGUGAGAAGCAAGAUUCGGGCAAGUCUUGGAAUGCAGUGAUAUUUGUGACAUUAGCAGUUAUAGGGUUAGUCGGAGCUACUGUUGUCAACUUCAUGACCAUGUUCGAAAGCACCAGAUGUAUGAUGAUUGCGGGCGGAAAAGGUUGCAAUUUUGUACAAGGUGUCAACCAGACAA